AUGCAAGUUUCUUGUAGGACAAAAAAUGUGAAUAAGUAUUAUAAAGUAAUAGGUGAAGUUGGAUCUGGNUGUUUAUACAAGGGUUUCAUAGCGAUAUUCUGCUUUAAAUUAAUGAAGAAAGUGUAUUUGAAUUGUUAAUAAAAAGCCAAUACCAUUACACAAAUGUAUUCUAGCGUGUAGAUCACCAAAGUUUAGUGGAAUGUUUUCAUCGAACAUGAUUGAAAGCAAUCAAACUUUAGUUAAGGUCGAGCACAAGAAACCUGAUUUAUUUAAGGUCAUGUUAUAAUGGAUCUAUUGUGGGUAUUGGAAAGAAGUACUCUAGUUUUAUAAUUAGUUUAGUUUCCAGAAGAAAUUGAAGAUACUUGUGAUUUAAUGUUACUUGCAGAUGAAUAUUUAAUCACCGAUCUUAAAUAGAAAUGCGAAGAAGAUAUUAUUUCUAAAUUAGAUAGCAGCAAUAUAUUACAAAUAUUGUUGUUUGUAGAAAAGCACUCAAAUAUCAUAUCACAACAACUUUUGGAAAAAACUAAUUCUAUGUUUAUAGAUGACUUUGAUAAGAUCCAUAAAUUAAAUCCAAACUUAGAACAAGAUAUCACAAGAGUGCCUGGUUUAAUGACAAAGCUGUUUGAAAAUUUACAUUAGAAAAAAAUAAGAAAAGGAAGAAAAGUUCAUUUUGUUGUUGAUGAUUUUGAAGAAUCCGAUUCAGAUGACUAUGUUAGAAAUUAUACGCAACAUUUCUACUAAUGA